UUUCUUCUCCCUUGCACAUCCUGACCUGCGAAAUCACGUUUCCAUGCAGUUUUGCCACUUCCAGAUUGUUACAGGAAACCAGCUUGAGCCUUUGCGAGUUCUCCCAACCAUAUAAGCUCUCACAAGGAGUCUCCAUUCCUAAAAAUCGGUUUAAUAGUACGCGAUACAAGUCACGGAUUCGAUUCUAGCUUUAAACUACGGUUUGCUGCACGUAUAUCGCGUUUACCCCUUGAGCACAGUCAUCUGAUUGGGUGCACGUAGCAAGAAUCGUCUGCUUCCAAUUACCGACAUGGCUGUUGGCGUGGAGAAAGACGCACCGCGGUUACCCAAGAAGAUUAUAAUCGACACGGACCCAGGAAUAGACGACACCAUGGCCAUUCUACUCGCGUUCCUGUCCCCCUUGGAGCUGGACGUGGUGGGCAUCACCACGGUCUUCGGCAACGUGCGCACGCCCACCGCCACCGCCAACGCGCUCAGUCUCUGUGAGUUGGCAGGGAGAGAGGACGUGCCAGUGGCGCAUGGAGAGGAGGUCACUCUACGGGGAGUGGAGAAGAUCAGGGUGGCGGACUUUGUGCACGGCAGUGACGGCAUGGGUAACACCAAUCAGCAGCCGCCACGUGGCAAGCCCACAGGCAAGGUCGCGGCGCAGUUCCUAGUGGAUGCUGUGCGGUCCUCGCCUGGCCAGAUCACCGUGGUGGCGCUGGGGCCACUCACCAACGUGGCGCGGGCCCUGCAGCUGGACCCGUCCUUCCCCCGCAACGUAGCGGAGAUCGUCAUUCUGGGCGGGGCGUUCUUCACCAACGGCAACGUCAACCCCGCUGCUGAGGCCAACAUAUUCGGCGAUCCCGAUGCAGCGGAUGCCGUGUUCACAUGCGGGGCCAAGUGCACCGUCAUAGGCAUCAACAUCACGCACCAGGUCACGCUCUCAGUGAAGGACAUGGAGGACAUCCGAGACAGCAAGGGGCCGUUCGGGCGGUUCAUCCAUGAGACGUCUCAGUUCUACUACCAGUACCACAAGGAGUCGUACGGCAUGGAUGCGGUGUACCUGCACGACCCCACCACGAUGGUGGCGGCCAUGGACGACUCGCUCUUCACCUUCCACGAGGGCGUGGUGCGCGUGCAGCUCGACGGCAUCGCGAAGGGCCUCACUCUGCUAAACAGUACCAACAAAGUAUGGAACGUGCCUACAGCAUGGUGUGGGCUGCCCCCGGUGCGCGUGGCGGUGACGGUGGACGCCGACGCCAUCUCCGCCCUCGUCAAGCAACGCCUCUCCACCCCUCCCCCUUCCAAAGCACAUCGCGACCCAGCCGUCUAAACCACUCUCUCAGAGUAGCGAAAUAAUCUAGAAUGAAGGGUACACGAUAGUUUUUGUCAAACAUGUGUAUUUGUCAUGUUUGUAUAGACUGUAUAGGGUCGCCUCUUAGUGAGUACAACACUUAGGUAUAUCUUUGUGUACUCUCACUCUAUCCAUUAUUCAAUUU